AAUUUCAUUUCGCUGGUUGUUGAAGAUUUCUAAAAACUUUGGUAAAUUCAGUUCAAAUUGCUACAAGUUGUUGGCAAAAUGUCAAGAAGAAGGCACAGCGACGAAAAUGAUGGUGGACAGCCUCACAAAAGGAGGAGGACAUCUGAGCCUGUUGAGAUUGAGGAUCGACUUGAGUCACUGAUAUGCAGAGUUGGAGAAAAAAGUACCUCCUCAUUGGAGAGUAAUUUAGAAGGCCUUGCAGGCGUCUUGGAGGCAGAUCUUCCUAAUUACAAGAAUAAAAUCCUGAGGAUCUUGUGCUCAGUUGCCCGACUUCUGCCAGAGAAGUUAACCGUGUACACAACACUUGUGGGCCUUUUAAAUGCAAGGAACUACAAUUUUGGUGGGGAGUUUGUGGAGGCAAUGAUCAGGCAGCUUAAGGAGACACUGAAGUCAAACCUUUAUUCUGAAGCUGUCUACCUGAUUCGUUUUCUAAGUGACUUGGUGAACUGCCAUGUUAUCGCAGCUCCAUCCAUGCUUGCCAUGUUUGAGAACUUUGUCAGUGUCACACAGGAGGAGGACAUUCCCCAGGUGCGCUCUGACUGGUAUGUGUAUGCUGUUCUGUCCUGUUUGCCAUGGGUUGGGAAAGAGCUCUAUGAGAAAAAGGAUGUGGAGAUGGACCGCCUUCUCAAUCAGAUUGAUGGCUAUCUGAAGAGGAGACAGAAGACUCAUGUGGUCAUGCUGCAGGUGUGGACUGCAGAGAAGCCCCAUCCACAGGAAGAGUAUCUGGACUGUCUGUGGGCUCAGGUGCAGAAGUUGAAAAAAGAUCGCUGGCAGGAGCGCCAUGUUCUAAGGCCAUACAUCGCUUUUGACAGUGUGCUGUGUGAGGCUCUGCAGCACAACCUGCCCCCGUUCACCCCACCAGCUCACAUUGAUGAUGCAGUUUACCCCAUGCCCCACGUUGUCUUUCGCAUUUUCGACUACACUGAUGCCCCUGAGGGUCCUGUCAUGCCUGGCAGUCACUCUGUAGAGAGGUUUGUGAUUGAAGAGAACCUGCACUGCAUCAUCAAAUCUCACUGGAAGGAGAGAAAGACCUGUGCUGCUCAGUUGUUAAGCUAUCCUGGAAAAAGCAAGAUUCCUCUGAACUAUCAUAUUGUUGAGGUGAUCUUUGGUGAGCUGUUCCAGCUGCCCGCUCCUCCUCAUAUUGAUGUCAUGUACACCGCAUUACUGAUCGAGCUCUGCAAACUGCAGCCUGGAUCAUUACCUCAAGUUCUCGCACAAGCUACAGAGAUGAUGUACAUGCGACUGGACACAAUGAACACAACUUGUGCAGACAGAUUAAUCAACUGGUUUUCUCAUCAUCUGAGCAACUUUCAGUUUAGAUGGAGCUGGGAUGACUGGUCUGAUUGUUUAACAUUGGACUUUGAAAAACCCAAACCUAAAUUUGUCAAAGAGGUUUUGGAAAAAUGUAUGAGGCUGUCCUAUCACCAGCGGAUAGUGGACAUUGUGCCUCCUAGUUUCUCUGCUUUAAUACCUGCUGAACCAUUGUUUCAGUACAAAUAUAUUGAUGAAAACAAUGCAGUUUCCUUGCCUGGAUUUGCUGUGUCUAUAUCAGUAGGAAAUGCCAUCAAAAGUCGUGCCACAAAUGAUGAAAUUCUUGCAGUCCUAAAAGAAGUGCCAAAUCCUAACAAGGACGAUGAUGAUGAUGAGGGUGAUAGUUUCAACCCACUCAAGAUAGAUGUGUUCCUGCAGACAUUGCUCCACCUGGCUGCCAAAUCCUUCAGUCACUCCUUCAGUGCCCUUGCUAAGUUCCAUGAAGUGCUGAAAACUUUGACUGAAAGUGAUGAAGGAAAAUUACACAUUCUCCGGGUGGUUUAUGAGGCUUGGAAAAAUCACCCACAGAUGAUCUCAGUGCUGGUGGAUAAGAUGAUUCGCACUCAGAUAGUGGAUUGUGCUGCUGUAGCCAACUGGAUCUUCUCUCAGGACAUGGCUCAUGAUUUUACCAGGCUUUACGUAUGGGAGAUCCUACAUUCCACCAUUCGGAAAAUGAACAAACACGUCCAGAAGAUCCAGAAAGAGCUGGAAGAGGCAAAGGACAAGCUUGAGAAACAGCAGCACAAAAAGCAGAAGGACAGUGGCGAUGAAGAGGACAUGGAGAGGAACAGUGAGGAUGAAGAUGGGCAGCUAGAGGAGCAGAUUGAGAGGCUGCAAGAGAAAGUGGAGUCAGCUCAGAGUGAACAGAAGAACCUCUUUCUCGUCAUCUUCCAGCGUUUCAUCAUGAUGCUAACCGAGCACCUGGUACGCUGUGAGACGAGCAGCAUGGACAUCAACACCUACUGGUACAAAAACUGCGUGGAACGGUUGCAGCAGAUCUUCCUCAUGCAUCAUGUCAUCAUUCAGCAGUACAUGGGCACUCUGGAGAACCUACUGUUCACAGCAGAGCUGGAUCAUCACAUCCUGGCUGUGUACCAGCAGUUCUGUGCACUGCAGCUUUAAUAGACCUGCAGAACACUUUGUGUCCAGCUGAGUCAAACUGUGUUGUGUAGGACUCAAAGAAUUAGCUCCAUUCAACAACCAAGAUGAGCUGUUAUGCUGGAAAGGGGCUUGUUUACGCUACAAGUACUAAUAAUGGAGGGUUGGUAAUGUUUAUGUAGUGUUUUUUUUUUUUAGUUUUUUAUAUAUAAUUUUUUCUCUCUUUUUUUCAUCAUAGACUUUUCAGUUUUACCAUCUUGAUCAUAGUUCUGUAUUGGCAAUGUCUUUUUAAAACCAGAGGUAUGGGCAAAAUGCACCUUUCAGUUUUUUGACAGAACUGAAGAACCUUUACCUUUUUUAUGUAUAUUUUAUGUCAUUCUGAUGGAAAAAUUAACAUGAGUUGUGAACCUGCCUGCAUUAUUCAAGCUCUGUGACCGAUGUGUUUUCCAAACUGUAAAGAAAUACAUGGAAAGCUUUUUUUUUAGGAA